AUGGCAGCAAUUGAUGAUAUAGUAGUAUUUGAAAACUUGACAUUACAAGACCUGAAAAAUAUUCUUGAUACUUAUGCAUUUGAUACGAAACCCAAACGAGCAUCAUCAUGUUUUUAUCUUAAAAACUUAUUGACAGUAACGCUUACAUUGCUUUAUGGAUCACAAUCAUAUCCACAUUAUCCUAUUCCAAAAUUUAAUGGAUUAAAUCCUUUAGUAUCAGCAAUACAUCAAAUUUGUUUAUCAUGGAAAAAUUUUAGUUUAAAACUUGAAAAAGUUUUAUCAUUACAAUAUAUUUCUACGUGGUCACUUGAAGAAAUUAAUAUUUGGUGGAUACUUGCAAGAUUAAUUCAUAAAUCAAUUACCGAUUUUUCAAUAGUAUGUGGAUUACAAACAUCUAUGACAGUUCCUUCUUCAAAUGAUACAUUAGAAAAUCUUUUUCGAAUAUUUGAAUUAGCGAUAUCAAAUGAUUUAAUUUAUUCUAGUAAUAUUUAUGUUGACCCAAAAGAAUUAAAUGGAGAAUUUCAACCACGUACUAUGCAAGAAAUUUCAAAUGUUUUAUCAGUAAUUGAUGGAAAAGUUAUGCUUAAUUCGGUAAAAGAUUUUAAUUAUUUACUUGGAAUUGAAGAUUUUUCAACAAUGGAAUUUUCUGAUACAAGAGUAAUGGUUAAUAGUGUUGAAGUUAUUAAAAUGAAAGAAACAAUUGUUCAAAUUCAACAAUCUAUUGAAAACGCUGAACAAAUUUUAUUACAAUUACAUUUACUUUCCGAUGAGAAUAAAGGUGAAUCUUUCGUUUUCGAAUAG